AUGGCUCCAUGUGACACGCAGUCCUUGACAGACAGUGUAACAGACUAUCCCGUCGAGAAUGGAAGACGGUAUCACAAAUACCAUGAAGGAGCAUAUUUAUAUCCAAAUGAUGAGCAGGAACUGGAUCGUCUGGACAUGGCGCAUCAUAUGUACAAGUUGGUGACGAAAAAUAAUCUAUAUCAUGUUCCUCUUGAAAAGCCCGAACAAAUUCUCGAUGUUGGCACCGGCUCUGGCAUAUGGCCAAUAGAUAUGGCAACCAUCUUUCCGAAUACCACAAUUACGGGAACAGAUCUUUCCCCUGUCCAGCCCACAGAGGUCCCAGAGAACGUUCACUUCCUGGUAGAUGACGCUACAGAAGAAGAAUGGCUUUGGGAUGCAGAUCAUUUCGACUUUAUUCACGUCGCUCACAUGUCAGGCGCCAUUGCUUCCUUCAAGCAAGUACUACGGCAAUCCUUCAAACACCUCAAACCAGGUGGUUAUAUCGAAUGCCAGGAGACAGACCCGAAGCCAAGAUGUGACGACGGCACCAUGCCACCAGAGAACCCAGACGGGUUCAGCACGUAUGCUCUACACGACUGGUUUGAUUUGAACAUGCGCUCUAGCCAGGAGGUCGAGCCAUGUCGACAGUUUCGAAUCGCUCAUCGUCUUGAGAAAUGGAUGAAGGAAGUAGGCUUUGUGGAUGUUGAGCAACGGAAAUUCAAAGUCCCGACAAACAACUGGCCUACCGAUGAGCGCUUGAAGGUCAUCGGGCAAUGGAAUGAGAACAAUUGGCUUGAAGCUUUGUCGGGCUGGUCAUACAAGCCAUUUCUUGCUCUGGGCUGGUCGAAGCCUGAGAUUGAGGUCUUUCUUGUCGAUGUCAGAAAGAGUAUACAGGAUCGGAGUGUGCAUGCCUACAUGGAUCACUAUGUGGUUACGGGCCGAAAGCCCCUCUCCACGACCCCUUGA